AUGGGCUUUAGUCUCAACAACCCGCUGCCGUCGUCCAUGGCCAGCGAAUGUCGCAAGACGGGAAAGAUCCUGGCCUCCUUUGUCGACCCGCGACAGGCUUUUGGGCCCGACAAAAUCAUCCCGCCAAACGUACUUGCAAACGCAAAGGGCCUCGCCAUUCUCACUGUUUUCAAGGCUGGCUUUCUCGGCACUGCGCGAUUUGGUUCCGGCGUCGUCGUCGCACGUCUUGCCGACGGAUCAUGGUCGGCGCCUACAGCUAUCGGUACUAUUGGAGGCGGCUUUGGCGGACAGAUCGGCUUCGAGCUCACUGACUUCGUCUUCAUCCUCAACGAUGCCUCCGCCGUGCGAACAUUUGCUCAGGCCGGUUCCCUUACACUAGGAGGCAAUGUCUCCAUUGCCGCAGGACCGGUCGGUCGCAAUGCCGAGGCUGCCGGCGCAGCCAGCUUGAGGAGCGUGGCGGGCAUUUUCAGCUACAGCAAGACAAAAGGCUUGUUUGCGGGAGUUAGUCUUGAGGGCAGUGGUAUAAUCGAGCGCAGAGAUGCCAAUGAGAAGCUUUACGGGCGCCGGUGGACUGCCAGGGAACUCUUGAGCGGCCAAGUCCCUCCGCCACCAGCUGCUGAGCCGCUCUUGCGUGUCCUCAACUCCAGAGUAUUUUCCGGUGUAGGAGGAGCGCAGAGCGUCACCAAUGAUGCCAUGUACAACGAUAUUCCUGUUUAUGAUGAUGCACACGACAAUGUGGUCUGGCAGGGCCGCCGCGGCUCUGCCAUGGGUGAAGGUGUACGACGAGAUCGCACUGGCUCAAUGGGCUCACAGCAUGACAACUACCAGUACAGGGACCACCAACAAAGUUCUUCUUGGGCAGACGAUGUCUACGACCGACAGCCAUCAUCUGCACCUGGUGGUCUCAACCGCUCAUUUUCCACCCGCGCAAACCCUACCGAGACUUUUGAUCGUAUCGACUCACGGAACCGCGCCUCGACGUUUGGCGAUGACUACUAUUCGUACAGUGAUCGCAAGCCUGGACGGCCCUCUGCCCCGAAGCCGGUCUUUGGUCAGACCACUGGACAGAAGAAGGCGAGCUUGCAAUCUGACCAAGCUAUAGCAAAAUUCACCUUUGAUGCUGAUCAACCGGGCGAUCUCGGCUUCAAGAAGGGCGAUAUCAUCACUAUUAUCAAGCGCACCGACAACGAAACCGAUUGGUGGACAGGUCGCAUAGGAAGUAGGGAAGGUAUCUUCCCAAGUAACUAUGUCGAAACUGUUUAA